AGCUCACGAGAUCAUCACCUCAUUAUCAUCAAAUCAAAGCAAAUCCAUGGCGGAGACGAUGCAUUCCCUCUCCUUCUCCAACCCUAACCCUAACCCUAACCCUAAAAAGCGCAGCUCCGCCGAUGAUGACGGCGCCGCGGCGGAGAACCACCGAUCUCUCCCCAAGAAACCCUCUCCGACCUCCUGGGGCUCCGAUCCCGCCGGCAACCUCGCUAACGCACGCCACGAGUUCGGCGAGCACGGCGGCGUCAAUAUGUCAAUAGAGGCUUCGGCGACCUUCACCGUCAUGGAGCCUGAGACUAUGCGCCGGAUGUUCACCGGCGAGCUCGGCCCCGAUCGUGAUUUCUUCAUCUAUAGUCGCCAUUUCAACCCCACCGUCCUCAAUCUCGGCCGCCAGAUGGCUGCCCUAGAGUCCACCGAGGCGGCGUACUGCACCUCCAGCGGUAUGUCCGCCAUCUCCUCCGCCCUUCUCCAGCUCUGCCCCGCCGGAUCCCACAUCGUUGCCUCCCGCUGCCUCUACGGCGGCACCCACGCCCUCCUCUCCCAUUUCCUCCCCCGAUCCUGCUCGAUCCGCACCACCUUCGUCGAUAUCUCCAACAUCGACGAGGUUCGCGAUGCGAUCCGCGUCGGUGACACCAAGGUAUUGUACGUGGAGUCCGUAUCCAACCCCACUCUGACCGUCGCCGAUGUGCCAACGCUGAGCGCGGUGGCGCACGAGAAAGGCGUGCUGCUCGUCGUCGACAACACCUUCACUCCGAUGGUGCUCUCGCCGGCGAAGCUCGGCGCCGACGUGGUGCUGCACAGCGUCUCAAAGUUCAUCAGCGGUGGUGCUGAUAUCAUAGCAGGAGCAAUAUGCGGACCAGCAUGGCUAGUAAACUCAAUGAUGGAUCUACACAAUGGAGCACUAAUGCUACUGGGACCAACAAUGAACGCCAAAGUAGCCUUCGAGAUCUCAGAACGUCUACCCCACCUAUCCAUCCGCAUGAAGGAGCACUGCCACCGCGCCAUGGAAUUCGCCACUCGCAUGAAACGCCUUGGCCUACGCGUCAUCUACCCAGGUUUAGAUGACCACCCUCACCACUCCCUUCUCAAAUCCAUUGCCAACAAAGGCUAUGGUUUUGGUGGCAUGCUUUGCCUUGACAUGGGCACUGAGGAACGUGCCAACAGACUCAUGCAUCACCUUCAAAACACUGCCCAGUUUGGUCUCAUUGCUGUGAGUCUUGGUUAUUAUGAGACUCUUAUGUCUUGUUCUGGGAGUAGUACUAGUAGUGAGAUGUCUGAUGAGGAGAAGUUACUUGCUGGGAUCUCACCUGGUUUGGUUAGGAUGUCUGUUGGGUAUAGUGGCACUUUGGAGCAGCGUUGGGCACAGUUUGAGAAGGCUCUUGCAAUUGUGCAGCAACAGGAUGGGAAUCUUGCUCAUGCUAAUAAUGCCUUCUCUUCUUAUGGUAAGAACUAAACCAGAGUGUUGGUGCAUUGGUUAUGGUUUGUUGUAGGUAUUUUCAAUAUCAGUAUUUAUCAAAGUUUCAGUUUAUAUCCCAACCAUUAA